AUGGGACAUCCAGAGAAAAGAGGAGAACAAUCCCAAGAGAAAUUUAAAUUACCCUUAAAAUUGCCAAGACCACCAAAUAAUGUACAAACUAUUUUGCUACCAAUAUGCUCCUCAUCUCAUUGGACAUUAGCAGUUUUUCGUGUUGGUUCUGGUAUAAUUGAAUAUUAUGAUUCGGCAGGCAAUGGAUCAUCAUAUUUAUUUGAUCUACUUGAAAAGUUACCAAAUCGGCUAGCUCAAGAGGAUCAGGCAUUUGGGUGUAUAAAAAGCAAAACCAAUCAUAGUGUUAUGACCAUUAAAACACAACCUCAACCAAAUGGUGAUGAUUGUGGCUUGCAUGUUUGCUUGAAUGCAAGAUACUUGUUGAAUAUUGAAAGCUUUCAAGCGGACCAUCCAUCAUUUAAUUUCUCUUGGAGAUACCAUAUUGCGUCUGAACUCUUUAACAAUUCUGUGUCCACUGACCCACAAUUUUUUGGUCCUGUUAAACCAUCCGAGUACUCCCAAAAAGAAACUAUAUCAAGCACGUCAACAUCAUCAAUACCCAUCAACAUAUCAAACAUAUCAACAUCAACAUCAACAUCAACAUCAACAUCAACAUCAACAUCAACAUCAACAUCAACAUCAACAUCAACAUCAACAUCAACAUCAACAUCAACAUCAACAUCAACAUCAACAUCAACAUCAACUUCCCUACCCUUCAAACCAACAGAGUCUCUAAUAGCCAUGACGGCUGCUGCAGCAAAUUUACUCUACAAUAACGAACAUGUAGAAUACAUGAUUCUUGAAGAAUUAAUCGAUGAUUUAUCACCCACAUCCCCAUCAAGAUCAACAACCAUUUUCAUAUUCCGCAUCAAAUCAGGAUUAUCCCCAGUUACAUCACCCCUACAGUCAUCAAAUCCAUUUAGAGAACCACUAUUUUCAUCUCCCAAAUCAGUAUCUCCUAAACCAACGAUGUCAUCAGAAUCAUCACCAGUUAGAUCACCCCUACAGUCAUCGCCUCCAUCAUCUCCCACUCCUCCAUUUAUUAGAGAUAAAGGAAUAGAAUUCUUCAACGAUAAUUUCGAUCUAAAAGAAAAUCCAAAUUUUUUAGUCAAUGGAAAGAUUGGUAAUUUAGAUUAUCGUUUGGUUUUGGAAGAACCGGGUAUCAAAGAUUAUAUCAAAGUUUUGGUUGAUGUUGAUAGUUUCAUAGGAUUAGUUAAAGAACAAUUUGAAAUUAUUUCAAUUAUUGAAUCUGAUUUUAAAUUAUCGCCUUUGAAAUCAAACAUUGAUUGGGCCAAGAAUUAUCAUACACCAACACCCUAUCAUACCAUUUCAAAUAUGCUAAAGAAUCUAUUUUCAGAUGUGGAAAAUGAUCCAGAAUGUACUUUACUCGAAUCAAUGAUGAAAGACUUCUACAUUCUUGUCGAGAUAAAGGGAAUGAAAGCGACACUACCAAUGGAAAUGAAUUAUGUCAAAAAUUGUUUUAUUGCCGAUCAAAACAAUGAUAUAGGAAUAUUUGAUGAAGAUAGUUGGCAAGCAGAGUUUUUCAACAAAUGCUAUGAAAUCAGUCCUGAGGACAUAUUUAUUGAUAUGGCUUUCACUUUUUAUAGUACAAAGCUGAAUACUACUUUACUUUUUUCGGAAAAAGAAUUAUAUGACAAAGUAAUGAGUUUUGGAAAGUCUAAAAGUGAAAUAUACAAUCUUCAAAUAGACAGCGAAACAAAUUUAUUUGGUGUAAAUGGUAUUAGAGCUACAAUCAAAUCAAACAAUCCCAAUUGGCCAGUUUAUGUAAAUGCCUAUCAUACUUCCAAACUCUAUACAAAAAUGGAUUCAAAGAUUCUAUCUAUGAACCAUUCUGAUAUUGUCAUGUUAGUUCAAAUACUUUUAUCAAAAGUUGCAAAGUUUCAAAUCACUGACCAAGAUAAAACAAAAAGAUUAUAUGGGUUGUCAACUGAAGUUUAUCCAAACUUAGAAGAAGAAGGUUCACUGGAUAUUCCUACAAAAUUUAUUAGAGAUGUACAUUGCCAACUUAAAUUAUGCAUUGAAGUAUGGAGAUCACUAUAA